AUGACCAUGCCAUUGAGGAGCUCACUGUUGGUCAUGUUGGCUUCGACAUGCUGUUUGUUGUACAUGGGGUAUGGCAAAGUUCCUCGGAUUGAACUCUUGUCGAGCUCGGCGGGAGAUGCGAUCUUGAUGAAGCAGCUCGAGGAAGAUGACAGGCUUCUGGCUGGGCUGGACUCCAGGUUCGAUGCGGGUCACCAGGCCUCGGCAAGGAGGGCGCACUACAUGAUCUCUAAGUUUGGCAAGGUGCCUGCCAGCUGGUGUGCCCCUGAUUCCCCGAAGUGCGAGGACAUGGCAGGGAAGCGAUUCCUUGGGCAAGGGCAGGAGGCUCUAGGGAACGGGCUGCUCAACCUAGCUGCCAAGGACCCAGACCUCUACGAGAAGGCAAUGAAGAGGAACGGCGGAAGUUUCGAUAGAGCCAGGAGGAUGGCUCAGUCUGAAGGAUCCGGCGAGAAGGAGAGCAAACUGGUGAAAGAUCCUCCUCAGAUCAGUGGGCUGGAUAGGCUGAAAGAUGCUUUCCCGGACCUCUACACCAAGGCCAUCGCAAGGAAUGGAGGGAGGAUGGUUAAGGUGGACCACUCCAAGGCUGGAGCAGAGAACCUUGAUAAGGGUCGACGAGUGGCACCGGAGCAGAAAGCUCGGCUUUCGUCUCUUGCGCAAGUGCAGCAAGACCCUCUCCUUGGCUCCCUAGAGAACGAACUGCAGCAGCAAGAAGCUCUCACCAAGGAGGCAGAGGAACAGAAGAAAUCUGCUCAAGCCGAGAUGAAGCAAGUGAGAUCGAACGAGGCGCUCAUGAUUGAGCAGGCUGCUCUCAGCAGGGAGCAACAGGCGCUGAAGGAUGCCAAGACCUUUCUGGCUGGUUCUAAGAAGGACCGCAUGGAUAGUGAGAAGAAACGAGACACCCUGAAGAAAGCUGCCGAGAUUCGCCGUAAAGUGGAGAAACUCAAGGAGCAAAGAAAGAAGGAUGUUGCAGAGUCGAAGAAGAUAAUUGAAGCAAGAGACAUGGCCAAGAGUUCGUUGGAAUCUUCGCUCAAGUCAAUGACGAUCCACAAGGCUAUUGCAAACCUCCUUGCUGAUUCUUCGUUUGACUCACAGGCCCUUCACGUCGCCCAUUCCCUGCAGAAGAUGGAAGAUGAGAAAUCGGAGCUGGAGAAGGAGGCUGCCCGCAAUAAGCAGUUGACCGAGAAGUAUCUGCAUGAGGCAUCGAGGUUGAAGACGCACAAGGAGGUUGCUCCUGCUCAACUCUCGAAGCAUUCAUCGAACCACAAUACCAACAACGCAAAGCAGAACCUCGACAGCAUCUUAGAGCAGGAGAAGUUGCAAGUGAAGCGAGCGGCUUCGAGGGUGCGGAAGUCUCACAGGAGGAUGUUGAAAGCGAAACGUUUCCAAGAACAGCAGGCGAAGAAAGUCAUGCAGUCAGAAGCAGUGAAGGUCAAAGCUCAUUCCUUGAUUGUUCGCCCUCCCUUCGACCGCGCAGUCGCUGCCGCUAAGACAUCGGGCGGGGAAGUGAGGCAGCCGGCCAUAGCGCAUCAAGUGAAACGGCCAACCGUUCAUCACGAGCAGAAGCAGAUCGCAAAGGCUCAACCUCCUCACCAUCCAACUCCUCGAGCCAACUCAGCUGCUGAUUUGCGUUCGGCUCUGACAGGAUUCGAGAGGCAGAUGAAGUCGGCGAUCGCAUCCGAGGUGGACAAGACAGUGGAGCCCCUUAAGCACGAGAUCGAGCAGAUGAAAACUUCCCUGGAAGUCCAACGAGGGGAGUCAGAGGGAUACAAAUCUGCUCUGUCAGCCGUACUCAAGGACACUGUUGGUGCCAUUGUAAAGAAGGCCCUCCCCGCCAACGUUCAGUCAAAGGCAGCCUCCUCCUCCUCCUCCUCCUCAUCGUCGGCCUCGCAGCCUGUCUUGUCCGAUAGUCCUCCUAUGCCCCAGCGCCAGGAAAGGUUCGCUAGAGAUGAUCUUGUCAGGUAUGAGGAUGCAGCAUCGCACGACAAGGAGACGAGCGGGAUCACAUAUCACGAUCACUUUGCUCAUCUUGACCCGGCGUCGGAGGAGAACAUGCGGACCAUGUAUGGGAGCGAGUGGAAGUAUACCAACCCCGACGUGCCAUACCGAUACGGGAGGAGGCAGGAGGACGCUAGCGGGCAGCUGACGUCUGUCCCUGCGUCUGCCAUGGCAAGCGGAGAAGCCCCGAAGGACUUCAUAGGGACAGUAGACGAGAGCGAGUUCUCCAAGGCGAACCGAGGCAAGCUCGGGGACCACCUGGUGGGAGGAGAUGACAAGAUGGUGCCGAGGCUCUUCUCCAACAAGGAGCUGCAGAGAUCGACGUACACGGGAUCGGUGGAGCACAACGUGAAGAUGGAGAAGCAGGACGACGAUCACGGGCUGAUAGGGGACAGAUUCUGGGCGUUGCCGGCAGGGGAGGACAACCGACACCUCAUGUACGGCAAGCUUGAGGAUUACUCGGGAGACAAGAGGCUGGGCUUCGGCGAUCAGCUCGUUCCCCUCCAUGAGGCGAUCAAGGAGCAGUGGGGGGCUGGUCACUGGCAGGGGAUGCACACGCAGCACCUUGCUGACUUCCUCGUCAGCGUCAACCCGACGGGAGACCCGAAGGCCUUCGGGACGCAUCCGUUCAAAGUUCGAUCGGUGGAGGAGGGAGGAGACGGGAAGACGCAAGACUGA